AUGGCAGUGUUCAGAAUAAGGAGGAUGAGAUGUUUUUGCGUCUGGUUGUUUCCUCUCGUAGUGACCGCGGUGUGCGCCCAAAGUGUCCGUGCCAAUGACCCUAGCAAUAUGUCUCUGGUUAAAGAAACGGUGGAUAGACUGUUGAAAGGUUAUGAUAUACGAUUGAGGCCAGAUUUCGGAGGUCCUCCGGUUGGAGUGGGAAUGAAUAUAGACAUAGCCAGCAUAGACAUGGUAUCAGAAGUCAAUAUGGACUACACAUUGACGAUGUACUUCCAGCAGGCCUGGCGAGACAAAAGGCUGUCCUACUCUGAGAUCCCCCUCAACCUGACCUUAGAUAACCGGGUGGCUGACCAGCUCUGGGUCCCCGACACCUACUUCCUCAACGACAAGAAGUCGUUUGUCCACGGUGUCACAGUGAAAAAUAGAAUGAUCCGACUGCACCCGGACGGAACCGUACUGUACGGUCUAAGGAUCACGACCACCGCUGCUUGUAUGAUGGACCUCAGGAGGUAUCCACUGGAUGAACAAAACUGCACACUUGAGAUAGAGAGUUAUGGCUACACUACAGAUGACAUUGAGUUCUACUGGCGAGGAGGACACAAUGCUGUGACGGGGGUGGACAGGAUCGAACUGCCCCAGUUCUCCAUUGUGGAUCAUAAUCUCAUCUCAAAGAAUGUUGUCUUCUCCACAGGUGCUUACCCUCGUCUGUCCCUGAGUUUUAAGCUGAAGAGAAACAUCGGGUACUUCAUCCUGCAGACAUACAUGCCUUCUAUACUUAUCACUAUCCUCUCCUGGGUCUCCUUCUGGAUCAACUAUGACGCCUCUGCUGCCAGAGUGGCUCUGGGUAUUACCACGGUGCUCACCAUGACUACCAUUAACACCCAUCUAAGAGAAACCCUCCCGAAAAUCCCAUACGUCAAGGCCAUAGACAUGUACCUCAUGGGCUGCUUCGUCUUUGUCUUCCUGGCCCUGCUGGAGUAUGCGCUGGUAAACUACAUCUUCUUUGGACGGGGCCCUCAACGUCAGAAAAGGGCAGCUGAGAAACUAAUUAUAGCCAACAACGAAAAGAUGAGGAUGGAUCCAAACAAGUGGCUGGUGGGGAAUGUAGUUGGCAGAGAUGAUACUCUGUAUGCAAGAAUGAAACAAAGGGAUCUUGAUGGUCAUGACUCGAUGUGGGAACCAAUCUUUGUGGAUGACGCAGCAAUUGGACUUGGCGAUCAAAAGAAUAAGAUGGACCCACAUGAAAACAUCCUAAUGGGCACCCUGGACAUCAAGAAUGACAUGGGCAUAUCAGAGCUGGCUCUGGGUCUCAAUGACCCACGAAAUACCAUGCUGACCUACGACAGCUCAACUCUACAGUACCGCAAAGCCGGGCUGGCCAGGCACAACUUUGGCCGAAACACGCUGGAGUGCCACAUGACUCAAAAGAAGAGCCGACUACGAAGGCGCGCUUCACAGCUAAAGAUCAACAUCCCAGACUUGACUGAUGUAAACUCUAUUGACAAAUGGUCGAGGGUGAUCUUCCCAACUGUCUUCUCCUUCUUCAACAUUGUUUACUGGCUUUACUAUGUCAAUUAAAAGAAACAAGGGACAUCAGUGAGGGCAAGAACAAACAGCAAAAUAUGUUUCUCAUUUGUUGUUUGUAUUUGGUUUGUUUCAUUUUUAUGUGAUCUUGUAAAACUGGACUGAAUCACUAUUCAGGACUGGAUCCAUCAUAUCUUGGAAUACCGCAUUUGCUGGCUAACACGUGAAAACCUUAUAGAAGAGAGAUUACAAACAUAUAAGGUGCCUGUUCCUGAGUAAUUGUUUAAAUUGUACAUAUUUUGUGAAUUGUGUAUCUUGCCAUUUUUUAAAAUGUUUGUUUGCAUAUAUUUUUAUGUUUUUAUUAUGUUAGAAUUACAGCAUACAUAAUUCAUUGCCAAAAUAUCAUAUCAGUUAGAUACCAAUUGACGAGUUGAUUACCAUUUACUUUCAGUGACACUAUUUAAAAAGUACUGAAGCAUGUUUCAGGUCAGCAGGGUUUUCUAAGAUGUUACUAUAAUUAAUUUCAUACUGAUAAUAUAAGGGCCUGAAGUUCACAAUUUACAAUAUCAUGUAAUGUGAAAGAAAUUUCAGAUCAACAUUUUUCUACUUUAAUAUACUGGGAGCAUUAUAUGAUUUAUUUCUAAGCAUCUUCUCAGUUCAUAAACCAUUUUAAUAGGGCAGUAUUAAGUAACAUCAACUAAGAGCAUUCCAAAAAAUUCCAGGUUUUAACUCCGAUUGCACUCAAGGCGCCUAUAGAAGGUCAAAAAUGGUAUAAUGUAAAGAAGCAUAAAGCUAAUACAGCCAUUUGGAUUGUCAUUAGUGUGUACUGUGUCAAACUGUUGAAAUAGUGUACAGAACCCAAAGAGAGAAAUAUGUAAGAAAGAAAAUAAAUAAUAUUUUGUCUUUAGCCAAAUUUGCUUUACUUAUAUAUUGUUAUAAUUAUUAAUACUUAUUGGAUUCUACCCCAAAGCACAAAAUACACAGUAUGGAUGUCUUUGGGGACGACUGUAUCUGAAAAAGUAGUUAAGUCUUUAACUGUAUAUUUACAUAAAUAUCACAUGAAUAGCAUUUAUUGUAGGGAUAAUAUGACCUACAAAAUGUCCCUUUCAAAUCUCUAUUAUCACGUUAUUGGAUACAUAUUUACCACAUGGUUAAAGAAAAUUACUCACAACUGCUGAAAAGGCACUUUAUUAGCUAUGAUUAUUUUUUCAUGGUUCAAUAAGAACACAGAUGGUAAAGCUAAAAGGACAGAAUGCAUAAAAAGCACAAAAAACCUUCAAAUAUCAGCUUUUGACACCAUUAUUUUAAUCAAAUUUUUUCUAUGCAGAUGAUGUUUCCUUUUGUUGCCAAUGAGUUUACAGUAUGUAUUGCAUCUGCCUCCCAAGCCAGAUUAUUAUAAUCAUCAUUAGUUGAAAACCUCUUAGUCAUGAAUUGUUUCCAGAUUGAAAAAUGGGUUGAUGACAAGGCCGUAAAUCCAAAAUGAACGUAUAACAGAUAAUUACUGCUUAUUUACUAAUGAUGAUGUGCUUCUGACUGUAUGUACACAAGGUAGAUUUUAUAAAAAGAUUUUGCACACAAGUUCUUAAAAGCCAUAGAGGCUGUACCGAAGUUCUUCUAAUACCUGGUGCUUAUGGGGGCUGUUUUAAGAGGACAUUUAUUAAGAUGACAUAAUGAUCACACUAUGUUUCAGUUACAACAAGGCUAAAAUGUAGAAAUACAACUAGGGCUGCAAUACACAAAAGUGUCAUAUCCCUCUCCCCAUAGAUUUUCCACAGUGUUCGUAUGAAUGAACUCUGGCAUUAUGGCCUCUUUUUCGCAUACACAAAGUACCAAAUCAUUCAUCAAAGGAGUCCCUGUGAGUGGCAAAUGAAAGAUAAAGUGACAAGGAGAAGGUGACUCCAAAUAUCUUUCAAAAAUCACACUAAAAUGAUAACUGGAGCACUUGUCUCAAAUGGUUCUUUUGAGUUCACCUAAUAUAACAAGACCUAACUCAAAGGGUUCAUUUCUCCUGGUAUGCCAUUCAUCUUGAUUGUGAAAGUGUGAGUGAACACUUGAACAUUAAUAUUAUAAUUGUUUACUUAAAAUGUAGCCACAGACCGUUAUGUCUCACUGCAUGCUUUGUACAGUAGUAACUCCUUGAUAUUCAGUUUUUGAUCACUUUCUCCUUUCUCACUGAAUUGUUUCAUUUCAUUUGUGCUUUUUUUGUGUUUAAUUCACCUCACAAAUGAGCAUACAUAAGUCUGUAAUUACAAUUUCUGAUAAGUAUGUCUGACUGGUAUUUCAAAUAUUGAUGAUGUUAUUAAGAAUAUUUACGUUUUUCUAAAAAAAAGCAUUUACGUAACAGUUACAACUAUUUUAAGAAUGACACAAUGAUGCAUUUUCACAAGCACUGCCCAACAAAUGAAAUGUAAUCUUUGAACUUUGUGCAUAGUUCUAACUUACAAUAACCUCACUGGUGUUUACAUGUCACUCAUCAAAAUGAACCAUUUUCACAUUGUGUUGAUCUAGGUAUUGAAAACUGCGCAUAGUAAGUAAAUUGUUACGUUUUGUUUUGGGAGUUUUUUAAUAGUUCUGGUGAUUAUGUCAAACACAAUUCUUCUCAUCUUUCUUGUUUUUAAUGUUUGUUUAUUUUGUAAGUACAUUUUUAAAAAAAGCAUACGCAAAGGGAUCCAGAUAGAUUCUGAGAUCUACUCAAACAGAUCAUUGACAUUGUAAAUUUUUCUAUAGAUGAGUUGAAUUCAAAUUUGGGAACAUGUCCCAAAAAAAACAUAUUUAAAUAAAUAUGUAUAUAUCGGAUAGUAUAUUAAUAAUCGUCAAUUGGAACAUAUUAUUCUUGUAAAUAAAUACCUAUGAGCUUUCAACCGAAAAGACAAAACGGACAUUUUCAAUAUAAUUUGUGAUGUUAAGAGAAUGCAAAGGCUGAUGUUAAACUACAGUAUGUAAAUAGUCUAUUUUACAGUGUCACUUGAUCACUUUUUGUUCCUUUUUGCUCUAUUUGUCAAAAGACAUUUCUUUGGUUUUGCCAAAAUGUAACAUAUACUGUAUUCAUGAAUGUAGUUGAUAUUCUUUUGCAGCAUGUAUUUGCUGUAAUGUGUCAGCAAAAGUAUUACAAUUUCUUGUACCAAUGAUCAGCUAAACAGCUUAAUGUACACCACCUUUUCAAACAUACAGACAUAUGUACACACACACACACACACGCACACACACAAAGGGGCCAAGUGAUAAAGAGGUUAGCGAUGCCUUUGUAUCCGCCCAAAAGUCAACCAUCUCAGGUCAGCACAAUUCACACUACUAACAACACUACAACCACCAACUACAACUUCAAACCCAAGAAUUGUACUUAAGGAAAAGUACCUUAGUGAGCUUGUUUCAGAUGUUUUCUCUGUAAUGUGUUUGCUUUCUCUGUUUAACACAAGUCCCAUAAUACUAUACACAGUACACAUUUACAGUACUAACAGCAUGGCACACUUUUUCAGCAUUGGCAGAAUCUAAACACCUAAAAUAUUUUAAAAGUCAUUAAGGUACUAAAUCCACUUCAGCCAUAGGACAUGUCUCAACCUACCCAAUAUAAAUAUAUUUCUUAAUCUUCAGAAUAAUACUGUAUGUGGUAUGACAUGGUAUAUUUGAGUGUGAGAGUGUGUAGUGGGUGUAUGUUGGCCAGACAGUAAUGUGUUUCCAAAGCACAGCGACAACUGGCAAGAAAGGUCUGCUUCAUAAGUUCUACACUUUGAAUAUGUGUUUGUACUUCACAGCGCUUUUUUGUUUCAUAUAUUUUUAUACUUCUAUACUCCUAUGUAAAAAAAAAAAACUAAAUAACUGCAAACACUGUUGUUUGGCAAAACCUUGUAAAUCCAAUUUUGGCAAUUUUCACAUUUAUACUAUACAGAAUGAUUACAUUGUCCUCUGGGGAUUAUGAAAACUCAAUGACAGGUAUGCUUACAAAAUCCUGUCAUGAUCCCUUGUAUAAAGAUGGAAAAAAAUACAUGGUUGUACAUGGUGGAGAAAUGGCUUUUUUUUCUCUUCAUUCCUGAAAAGUGAAGGUUUUUGGAAAUGCAAGGUUUUCAUCAGACAGCAGAGAGUCUUCUCUGGAGAGCAAGGACAGACUGACAUCCUAAAAGCCUAAAUGACACAUCUUGGUGACAGUGUAUGUUUGCACACACUCACAGAAGAAGCCUUAGCCUCCUGCUACCCUGGACUUCACUCCAAGGAGCAUCAAUCCCUCUUACCCUCUCAACACCCUCCACCUUGAAAAAUCCUUGUAUGUGCCACUCACGAGAACAUUCCCAGAAACCCAGAGCUGUACCCUUCUCAAAGAUAAGCCCUGUAAAAGUCAGUCUCUGUCUUUAUUAUGAAAAACCUAUGGAAAUGAAUACAUUGUCAAUAAAUAUUGUAUACAGUUCUAAA